CGGUGUACAUUUGUGAGCCUGCCAGUCAGCCUCUGUCUCUCUGCAGGAGAAAAGCCUCGUUUUAUUCCUUUUACAAGGAAAGGGGUGUGUGUGUGAGAGAGAGAGAGAGAGAGAAGCAGAAACUCUUGACGUCUUGAGAGAAGCUGGAGCGAGGGUGCAGCAGAGAGAGAGGGAGGGGAGGCAGGAGGCAGAAAUUCGCUCUUUAUUUGCCCCCGUGCUCUCUCUCUCUCUCUCUCUCAAUCGGAGAGAAGUCGAUUCCCAGUCCUCGCACUGGGGAGGAGGGAUUACCUGCAAAGGCACUUUGCUGGCUUUGUCAAACUGGGGAAAAGAAUGGUGCAGUUAAAGCUCAGAACGCGGUUCCUGACCGGGGGUGAGGAGGAAGGACCUUGGGAGGAAAUCUGUUUUGAGAAUUGAAGCCCCUAUCCAUUCAGUGAGCCCCCCUCCCUCUCCUCCUCCUCCUGCCACUCUCUCCCUGCUCAGUUUCAGCUGAGGCUGAUGCACCCAUGGUCGAUGCCAAGGGCAGGAGCAUGAAAUGUUUGACUUUCUUCCUCAUGCUCCCAGAGGCGGUGAAGAAAUCUAAGAAGGCAUCAAAAGCCAGCCGGCUGCCCGUCUGCUACGAUAUCCUCACCCUGAACCAGAGGAUGCCAGGAGACACCUCCAGCAGCCACAGCACCAGCAGCAACAAGGGAGCCCCGGAGAACAGCUGCCCCGGCUCCAACUAUCAGCAAAACCUCAACAAUAACAACACCAUCCAGGCUGGUAACUGGCAGGGGUUGUACCCCACUAUCCGAGAAAGAAAUGCCGUGAUGUUUAACAAUGACCUGAUGGCGGAUGUUCACUUUGUUGUGGGACCACAAGGAGGAUCCCAGGGUUGGGCAGAGGGGGUGGGGUAUGUCCUGGCCGUGGGGAGCUCAGUAUUUCACGCAAUGUUUUACGGGGAAUUGGCGGAAGACAAGGAUGAAAUUCGAAUUCCUGAUGUCGAACCAUGUGCUUUCCUCACCAUGCUGAAGUACAUCUACUGCGAUGAGAUUGAGUUGGGGGCAGACACCGUUCUGGCCACCCUGUACGCGGCGAAGAAAUACAUCGUGCCCCACCUGGCCCGGGCCUGCGUCAACUUCCUGGAGACCAGCCUGAGCGCUAAGAACGCCUGCGUGCUGCUGUCCCAGAGCUGCCUGUUCGAGGAGCCCGAACUGACCCAGAGGUGCUGGGAGGUCAUCGACGCCCAGGCGGAGCUGGCUCUGAAGUCCGAGGGCUUCUGCGACAUUGACUACCAGACCCUGCAGAGCAUCCUGAACCGGGAGACCCUCAACGCCAAGGAGAUUGUCCUGUUCGAGGCCGUGCUGAACUGGGCCGAGGUGGAGUGCCAGCGGCGGGAGCUCUCCGCCAACAUCGAGAACAAGCGCAAGGUGUUGGGAAAGGCGCUCUACCAGAUCCGCAUCCCCGCCAUGUCCCUGGAUGAUUUUGCCAACGGCGCCGCCCAGUCCGGCGUGCUGACCCUCCACGAGACCAAUGACAUCUUCCUCUGGUACACGGCGGCCAAGAAGCCUGACCUGGAGUUUGUCUCCAGGCCCCGAAAGGGCCUGGCCCCUCAGCGCUGCCACCGUUUCCAGUCCUGCGCCUACCGCAGUAACCAGUGGCGUUACCGGGGGCGCUGUGACAGCAUCCAGUUUGCGGUGGACCGGCGGGUGUUUGUGGCAGGCUUCGGCCUGUACGGUUCGAGCUGUGGGGCGGCCGAGUACAGCGUCACCCUGGAACUGAAGAGGCAGGGUGUCCUGCUGGGCCAGAACUUCACUAAGUUCUACUCGGACGGCUCCAGCCACACCUUCCCGGUGUGGUUUGAUCACCCCGUGCAGAUUGAGCCUGACACCUUCUACACGGCCAGUGUGGUCCUGGACGGUAACGAGCUCAGCUACUUUGGGCAGGAGGGCCUGACCGAGGUGCAGUGCGGCAAAGUCUCCUUCCAGUUCCAGUGCUCCUCCGACAGUACCAACGGCACUGGGGUGCAAGGGGGGCAGCUGCCGGAGCUGAUAUUCUACGCCUGAGCCUCUCAGGCAGGCUGCCUGUCCCACCCCUCCUCCUCUCCAUAUGGUGGGGCCAACAGGAACGCAAGGAAACAGCCCCUUUUCAGCCGGUCACCCGCAGGAUGUGCAGUUGAAUUCUAGUUCCCACCAGCCCUCCCCUCCACUUCCCCUACGCCCCCUCCCCAAAUUACCAGUGACAGACAAGGGUUUUAUUUUGCCCUCACGUGUAAAAACCCCAGGGACAGGUCCUUGAACUACCCAAGGGGCUAGGGGUAGAUGAAAUGCUACUGAGGCUAAAUUGAAACAAUGAGCUGAUAUCGUUGACCAACAUAAUAACAAGAUAUAUCCCAGUACGUAUGGAUUGCCUCACUGUUGGGGCACCAUUAUCGGUAUCCCUGGGCAAGAUUAGCCCAGAGCAGGGGGGGCGGUUGGGGGCAUAUUUUCCAAUCGACCCAUUCAGAGAUCUUAUUAGACAUCUGCUGGAGCAGGUGAAACUUGAACCCCUCCCACCCCUAGCUCAGAGGUAAGGGAUACUACCACUGUGCUGCAAGAGCCCCUUGUAGUUGGGCCUGGGGAGGGUUAUGCACGUGUUGGUGUCGGCCAUCUUGCUGCCCUCGCUGGGCGAGAGGGUUCAACCCACCAUCCACCUAUCAGCUCACUGAGAGCUGAGCCGCCCACCUCCCAGCCUAUCCCAGGCCUCGGAGUAAUCCCCACCCCUCCCAGCAGAUUCUGGCCAAUUGGCCACCCUGCACCUUCUGGGUCCUAAAGGCUGCCAGUGGAGGCCUACACUUUGCGGAUCUAGUUGGGGUGAUG